AGGUGAUAGCUGAUCUACGGUCAGUUACUUUUACCUAAGGAAAGCCACUUCCCGCCGCCGCCUGUAUACGAUGGCCUCCGCUCACGAGGGCGGUGCGCCCAAGCCGCACAAGGAGCUUGUGAAGACAGUGCAGCUUGAGGGCCAAGUGCUGCUAAAAAUCAUUCAGCACUGCAAUGAGGCGCUGCCGCAAUUAGUGACGGGUCAGCUGCUGGGCUUGGACGUUGGGCAGCAGCUGGAGGUUACUGACUGCUUUGCGUUCCCGGCUGCGGUUGCGGAGGAGGAUGAGGCUGAGUCGGCUGGCGCCAACUAUCAGCUGGAGAUGAUGCGCUGUCUGCGCGAAGUGAACGUGGAUAACAACACCGUUGGCUGGUACCAGUCCGCCAACAUGGGCACCUUCCAAACCGUGGAGCUCAUAGAGACCUUCAUCAACUACCACGAAAACAUCAAGAAGUGCGUCUGCAUCAUCUACGACCCGCAGCGCUCCUCGCGCGGCAACCUCGCGCUCAAGGCCAUCCGGCUCAAGGACUCCUUCAUCGAGCUGUCCAAGGAGCAAAAGCUCACGCUCAAGGGCUUCCGCGAGGCGAACCUCUCCUGGCGCGACAUCUUUGUGGAGCUCCCCAUCAAGGUCCGCAACUCCAACCUGGUGCAGGCGCUGGUCGCGGACCUCGCGCCCGCUCCCACCGCCACGCAGGCCGACGUGGACCGCCUGAACCUCUCCUUUGCUCCCUUCCUGGAGCGCAACAUCCAGAGCCUGGUGGAGUGCGUUGACGACAUUGUGCAGGAGCAGCAGAAGGUGACGAUGUACCACAAGAAUGUGGCGCGGCAGCAGCAGGCGUACGCGCAGUGGCUGCAGAAGCGGCGACAGGAGAACACGCAGCGGUUGCAGGACAACCUGGAGGCUCUGCCGGAGGAGGACCCCACGCUGUUCAAGCCCAUCCCGGAGCCGUCCAUGUUGGAUAACUACCUGAUCACCAACCAGAUCGCAACCUACUGCGACCAGGUCAACUCGGCCGCCAGCGAGGCCAUCCAAAAGCUCUUCCUCAUGGAGAGCAUGCAGAAGGCCAACAUGUAAGGGGCUAUCAAUUCCCCUGGUUGCAUGUUGGGGGUGGG